ACAUGUACAAAGAGAAGGUAUAAGACCGCUGUCCUUCUCUCCUCAACAGCUUCUCGACACCAUCAUCAACCUCAUCGUUCCCUUCUAGCAGUAUUCCACAUCUGCAACUCAUCAUGGCCCCCUCCAGUCAAGAGAUUUACCAUGAUACCGUGGACAACGCCACACCCAACGUCAAUUCCAGAUCAUCCUCAUCCUUCGACCCCAACGACAUCUCCAUAAAUGCUCAUCCAUGCGACCUUGGCCGUGUUCCCGGCCUCAUCGACGACAUUGCCUCAUACAAUUGGGGAGAUACUGACUUCUCCACAGACCGCAAUGCUCGGAUAUCCUUGCUGUCCAAGGCUCGAUCUCUGAUCGCCGCCCUUGAAACCCCAAGAGAGACUCUGCUGAGGCAUAUUGGUGCGGAGACCUCCAACUUUUACAUCAUCGUCAUCGGUAUCGAAACCAACCUCUUCCACGAAAUGGCCAAGAACAACGGCUCUCCCAAGACUGCCACCCGUCUCGCCGAAGCCAUCUCCUUCGACCCAGACCUCCUCCGUCGCAUUCUCCGCCACCUGGCCUCCAUGAACCACAUCAUCCAAACCGGCGAAGACAAGUACCGGCCCAACAACUUCUCCAAAGCCCUCACCACCUCUCCCCUCGCCGGCUCUUACCAGUUCUAUCGGGAUGUCUGCCUCCCCGCCAUGAGCAACCUACACAAGUGGCUCAAGACCAAAUCAUACCGAUCCCCGACAACCAUCAUCGACAACCCCUUCACCUUUGGGCACCAGACUUCGCAGACGUUCUUUGAGGUGAUUGCUUCGACUGCAAAGAAUACCGAACACUUUAAUGAUCACAUGGUCGCCUACUGCCAAGGUCAUCCAGCAUGGUGCUCUGAAAGUGUUUACCCAGCCGCCGACCGUCUGAUCUCGGGCUUUGAUCCCACUCCUCUGCCAGACGGCUCCGACCCUGUGAUGCUGGUAGACAUGGGCGGCAACGUCGGCCAUGAUCUUCAGACUUUCAUCUCCCAACACCCCUCCCACCCCGGCCGGCUAGUGCUACAAGAUUUGCCCUCCGUCAUUGCCGUCACUCCUCCCUCUCUCACCUCCCCUCUUCCCAACGGGAAGCAUAUCCAACUCCAAGAACACGACUUCUUCAACUCUCAACCCGUUGUGGGUGCACGAGCGUACUACCUCCAUCACAUCAUGCACGACUGGCCGUACGCCAAGUGUGGUUUAAUCUUGGAGCAGAUCAAGAAGGUGAUGAAACCGGGGUAUUCGCGGCUGUUGAUCAACGAGCAGGUUAUCCCGGAGAGGCGAGCGAGUUGGGAGGCGACGUAUUUGGAUUUGUACAUGAUGGUGAUGUUUGGGGCCAGGGAGCGAACGGAGAAGGAGUGGAGGCGGAUGUUGGAGGAUGGAUGUGGACUCAAAGUGUUGGGCGUGUAUGGGCCCGGGGGAGGGGUGGAGGGGAUUAUUGAGUGUGAGGUUGCUUUGGAGGAGGGAGAGGGUAGGGAGGAAUAGGGCUGGUAUGCCUGCGUAUGAGGUGUGAUGGGUUGGGUGGCUGUUAGGGGGGAAAGGAAGAGCAGGAUGGAGCGAUAAAGCGGAGGA